GGAAGAUGGGAGGUCAUCCUGAUUUCCGGAUGAGUAAUGUCAGCUUUCAGUUUGGUAGUUUUGAGUUUUGCACGGCUUUCCUCGUUUGUUUGUUUUCACGCAUGACCAGGCUACUCGCAUAGCAGCGUACACGUGAACGGCGAUGUGCUAUGGAAGAGGUGUGUGCAGAUAACUACAGUCCACGAGUAAGUUUGCCAAGGAGCAGAGAUUAGGUGAAGUUACGGUCGCCGCGGGUGGAAACCCGCGGCUCGCGAUGUCGAACUUAUUAUCUAGUUGCUCCUGCUUCUUCCGUCUCAAAUAUGGGCCCGAAGAGGUGGAGUCAUAUCACCGUAGUAGGAAGAUCGACAAAAUGAUUCAAAAAGACAAGCAAGUUAUCAGACGACAAGUGAAGCUACUGUUGCUCGGAGCAGGCGAAAGCGGCAAGAGCACAUUCUUGAAGCAGAUGCGUAUUAUUCACGGCUACAACUUCGAGGAGGGUUUGUUAGCCGAGUUCAGAACUGUCGUCUUUCAAAAUGUGGUGAAGGGUAUGAAGGUGCUAGUAGAUGCACGACAGAAAUUGGACAUUCCAUGGGGUGACGAGAGAAACGGAGCUCAUGGCUCACGCCUUAUGCGAUACGAACCCAGCUUGGUUUUGGACUCAAGUACGUUCUCCGAUUAUGCUCCGGCUGUGCGGGCACUUUGGCAGGACACUGGCAUCCGCACUGCUUUCGAACGCCGGAUCGAAUUCCAGCUGGGUGAUGGAGUCCGCUACUUCUUUGAAAACCUUGACCGGAUAACAGCAAAGGAUUACACACCGAACAAUCAAGACAUUCUUCAUGCCCGUAAGGCCACCAAAGGUAUCACAGAGUUUGUGAUUCCUGUGCGUGGUGUGCCUUUCCGGUUUGUUGAUGUUGGUGGACAACGAUCGCAACGACAAAAGUGGUUCCGGUGCUUUGACAGUGUCACUUCUAUUCUUUUCCUGGUGUCCUCGAGCGAGUUUGACCAAGUUCUUCUGGAAGACCGUUGCACCAACAGGCUAGCUGAAUCCUGCAGCAUUUUUGAGACCAUUGUCAACCACCGCUGCUUUGCUGAAGUCUCUGUCAUCCUCUUCCUGAAUAAGACAGACCUAUUGCAGGAGAAAUUAUGUAGCCGACGAACAAACAUUUCGGAUUUCUUUCCGGAAUACCGUGGUGAUCCCUACGAGAUAGGACAGGUCCAAUCUUUCCUGUUGCAGCUGUUUGACUCUGCGAGACGGAACCGGAAGAAGCCCCUCUUCCAUCACUUCACCACAGCGGUAGACACUGAGAACAUCAAGGUGGUUUUCAAUGCUGUUAGGGACACAAUCCUACAGAAGAACAUCACACAACUCAUGCUACAGUGAGGUACCAUUAUAGUGUCUGAAAAGCUGUCAGCAAAGGACAAAGGCCUUGAACAUUGUGAUGGUGCCACAGACUGCAUAGCACUUCCACAGUGUGAUGGUGUCAAAGAACAGAGUACCUCUUGCAAGUUUUUGUGGAUACUAACAAUUAAGACCACCAAGUAUAUACCAAAGCUGAACACACAGCCAGUAUUGUGUUGUAUAGCAUUGCAGAUUAGCAGUCACAAAGUCUCUCACACAGACACUAGACAAUUCUUUGUUUGAUGGUGUACGAUUUUUUAACCGUUAAUGUGGGUGGUAUGCACAGGGCAGCUCUUUUAAACCCCUAAUGCGGUACACCCCUGUAAUGGUAGGCACACUUUACACAGAGCCAUUUCAUUCAUAAGCUUAGGAUAUGUGAUAUUAAACAUAUGUGAACUGUUUGUUUGUUCCAUUGUUUUUAAUUCCUGUCUAGCUACCAAAUACAGGCUACUUUUCCUGGGAAAUAACCGUUUUAAUUUCAAACGUAGGUAUAACAUUUUCGGUGCUCAAUUUUGGUUGGUGGUUUGCAAAAGCUCUUUCUUUUUUUUUAUAACGAACACUCAGUGUGUCAACACCAUUUUGUUUGUGUUGUAAUUCGUGGUGGUCACUGUACAAAAUUUCCAGUUGAUUUCUAGUCUUGGCAGCUGUGACUGCAUGGGGUUCCACGUCUUGUUUUUGGCAGCUAGUGUAAUGUAUUUAAUUACCUAAAGUAAAGAGCUUGUUUUAUAACAAAGAUGAAUGAUGUAAGUUGUAUGUGUGACAUUUUUGUACCUGUUGUUUUAUGCAGGGUGUCGGUCUAGUUUACAUACUAGCCGUAUAUUUGGGGGAGAGUUAAAUCUUGGAACCGCAUUUGUUCCAUUACUAGUAAGCAAUGAAAUAAUAUGCAGAUAAAAAAUUUGAGUUCCAGUUGAAUCUGCAUUUCCAUCAUCCCUGAGUAAGCUUGUGAGGUGACACAGCGCACCACCAUGUUGUCAAUGUGUGGUGAUAAGCAACAGUGACAGUCUCCUGGAUUGUCUAGCCAUGGGUGUGUCCACUUGCCAUUGGAGCACAGUGCUUGUAAUUACUGUGCAUUGUGGAGGUUGUUAGGUCAGCCAUGACUCUGGUUGGUGUAUGCAAUAAGGUUACUUAGAAUCCUCGUUUUAAUUGAGUUCAUGUAGCUUUUGGUGUCUGUGUGCCUUAAUUAUUUUCUGUGGAUAUGAUGGUGCAUGGGCAACGAAAUACUGCUAGUUAAUUAUGUGUGUGCAACUUGCAGAACAAAGUGUAAGUAGCUUUUUACCCAAUCAAAUUUGCAUGACAAAAUUGUUCUCCUUCAUGAUAUUGGCUCUAAUGUUUCAAAUUUAUUAAAUUAUUCCAGCAAUGCCUUGUCUUUUAGUUUGUGAAUCUUUGGUACAAUAUGAUAGGCCACCUCCUUAUGAGUUGUAGUGGAAAUGACAUGUAGAACACAUCUGUCAAUUUGAACACCACAUAAUUUUGUAAACAGACUAUAGGUGCAUUCUUUUUGAAAGAAAAAUGCUGCACUCGUGCUGCACCAGUGCUUAAGUACACGCGAGGUGUCUGACAAAAAGAACGCAAGAGCGUUGCACUCCUUGAACUAGUUUAGGAGGUGCACGCAGUGCAGGCGAAAAGAAUGAAUCUUGUGUGACAACUUAGGAGGUGCUGUCAGGACAGGUUGUCUGUCGACAAGAUGAACAGUGUUGGGCUAGCGAACGUGAAGUAGUUGUUGACGAACUAGUGAAUUGAACUGCCAAACGUGAACUAGCUGUUCUGUAUCUUGUAGGGAGUCACAAUUGCUGGUGUUGGCUGUACAUGUUUCUGUCAGGCUGUGGCUAUCGGCACUUUUGCAAUUGAUACGUUGUCCCUACAUAUCUUUAACUCGAAGUUGAUGUACAGCUAUUGGUUCAGCUACAGUGUAUGUGCAUCACUUCAGUCACUGGUGCCUUAAAGUGGAGAAGGUAUCCUCACGUACCAUUCCAGUCGUAGUAUUCUGUAGAUCACGUCGAUCAAGAGUGAUACAGCUGCUGUUGCCAAAUUAUGAGGGUUGUAGUUCAGAAAUAAAGUUUUGCUUCUUUGCA